CAGGGGAGAUGUAAACAAACUUCGAAGUACCAACUAUGUUGUCUUAUAAUAUAAGUCUUUUUGUGCCUUUAUAGAAGCUUCAUAGUUUAUUCCUCAUAAAAAUGAAUAUCAGAGCUUUCUCAUUUUUGUUAUGUAGCGGAAAUUUUAUGCUUUAUGCACUACGAGUCAAUUUAUCAGUGGCCAUUGUUGCGAUGGUCAAACCUGACUCGGAGUUGGUUCCUGUCACGAUCCCUCCCAGUCCGAGUUUCAAAUCUUCACUUGACAAAAUUGAACCGUACAAUGAGAGAAGAGUCUGCCACUAUCCAGAUGAAACUCUUCCUACUGCUACUGUGACUAGCAGUACAUCGAGUCAAGGGGAAUUUGACUGGGAUGCCAGAACACAAGGGUACAUCCUGGGAUCAUUCUUCUGGGGCUAUUGCCUCACUAAUUUGCUUGGAGGCCUGCUGGCUGAGCGAUAUGGAGGUCGCAUUGUCUAUGGCAUGGGUGUCACUCUCACCUCCAUUCUCACAAUCCUUUCCCCUAUGGCUGCUCAUUCCUCAACUUCUGCUUUUAUGCUCAUUAGAAUAUUGGAAGGCAUGACAGAGGGUGUAACAUUUCCUGCUAUGAAUGUACUCAUGGCUCACUGGGUUCCAGCUGCUUCUCGUGCUGGAUUCUUUGCCUUCACAACCUCAGGUUGCUUAUUUGGUACUGUGGUGACGAUGUGCGUGACAGGCUUGCUGUGUGAUUCCAGCUGGGGAUGGCCAAGCUGCUUCUACCUUUUUGGGUUCCUUGGCCUCGUAUGGGCUGUUGUGUGGUUCUAUAACGUCUCUGAUGUGCCACUCACUGGCAGUGUCAAUGCUGACCAAGACACUAGAAGAAAGAGCGGGGUGCCAUGGAUGAAAAUAGUGACUUCUCCAGCCUUCCUGUGUGUGGUUGUGGCCCACUUCUGUGCCAACUGGGGCUUCUACUGCCUCCUCACCGAGAUGCCGUCAUACCUCGCUAAAGUCCUUCACUUCAACCUCCACACUAAUGGUUUAGUGUCAAGCUUGCCCUUCAUCGCCAAGUGGUGCACGCUGCUCACUUUCCCUGCCUACAUGGACCGCAAGGUACUCAAGGGUGAAAUUUCUCUCUACAACGCACGCAGAUUCUCCUCCUUUGCUGGCCUGCUGAUACCUGGUCUGCUGCUCACAACCAUCGGGCUGGCGGGCUGUAACCGCACCUUGGUGGUGAUGAUCCUGACUCUGGCCGUCGGGUUGUCGGGGUUGGAUCACGCAGGGCAUCUCUGCGCCUUCCAGGAACUCGCGCCAAACUUCGCUGGCACCUUAACGGGCAUCAGCAACACCGUCGCUACCCUGCCUGGCUUCCUGGCGCCCCAGCUCACGGGGUACCUCACCCGCGACCAGGGGUGGGAGGGCUGGCAGACGCUGUUCUUCAUCACGUUCCUGCUGUACGCGACGGGCGCCUGCGUCUACGCCUUCUUCGUCUCUGUUAAAGUCCAGCCCUGGAACAGCCCUGUACACAGCUCACAAGGGUCGCCUGGCCGAGCUCUUCUCAAGCACCCUAAUCCUGCUGCUGGUCUCACUUCAAUAUCUGCGUAGCAUCAAGGCGUGUUGGUCUGUGUCGUAUCAAGGUCUACUGGUCUGCGUACCCUCUUUGUCUGCUGGGCUGCAUAGCAACAUGUACCUACUACUGGUCUGCAUAGCAACAUGCUCUGCUGGGCUGCAUAGCAACAUGCUCUGCAGGUCUGCUAGCCCUCAUCGCGAAAAUCUGAAAAUACCACAGUGUAAAAUUUCUCGUUUUGUUUGAGUAAUAGAAAACCUGCUCUGAAAAAUGAUAAAUAAAAAUUUCGAGGCGACGUUGGCUUGCGGCAGAUGUUUUUCCCUCUUCAUUAUUUAUUUAAUACAUGUCUAGUUAAGAAAAGAUGUAAGUGAGUCAUAUAUCAAAAGCAACUGUGAAGCCUAUAUAGAACUGUGCAAUCAUGAUUUUUUCAUGAAUGAAAAUUGAUUGUUUUUAUUUAUUGGGAAAUUGGAAAGCAUACUUUUUGCCGAAGAACUCUAUACCUUUACAAUUUUUUAAUGUCAAUUAUGACUGCUUUUGACCCUGAGUAGAUGUUUUAUGUGGCGUUUUUAUCCAUGUUGAUGUUAUAUUAUGCGAUACAAUUACUCGUACUUGGUUACUGAACAAAUUUGAGUUCCCUAAUCGAUACAUUCCUUUAAUAAUUAUGAUAAUAAUUCUAAUUUUGUUAAAAAUUAUCGUGUAUAUAAUAAGGUUGCCUGAGGUUCACUUCAAGUUAUUUGUCUGCUAGAAUAGGAGAUAAAGCAUAUCUUUCUGUAUCAUUUCCACCUACAGGUCUUCCUUGUUGAUGCAAUAAUUUGAUAAUAACUGACGAUAAUGCAAUGAUAAUUAAUGACAAUGAUCACUUCUGACGAGCCAUCAGAAGGGAUUGUUUUAAAUGCUCUCGCUGCAGCGUUUGAUGUAUAAUCGGCUUCACGAGGCCUAAUUUGGAUGAACUUAAAAUCUUGACUUUGGUUUGUCUUGUCACUGUAUCGUAUUUUGUUAGCGAGCUGCUUAGCUUUCUCUUAUUUAAUUGUGUACUGCUCUGAUAACAGCGAUGGUUUUAACUAGCGCAAAUGUAAGGGGAAAUUGCAUGUGAUUUCCCAACUAGUUUAUAUUUUGUGUGUGUUGCUUUGAGUCAAGGUUCAUGUGUGUUGCUUUGAGUUAAGGGGCAUGUGUGUUGCUUUGAGUCAAGGUUCAUGUGUGUUGCUUUGAGUCAAGGGGCAUGUGUGUUGCUUUGAGUCAAGGGGCAUGUGUGUUGCUUUGAGUCAAGGUUCAUGUGUGUUGCUUUGAGUCAAGGGGCAUGUGUGUUGCUUUGAGUCAAGAGGCACGUGUGUUCGUUUUUGAUAUGACAUGAGGCUUUGUGUUUGUGUGUGU